AAGACGGGUCCUCUUAAUGCUCUCCCAAAAAAGAGAUUCCACACCUUUUCACAAUGACUUAACAAACCCCACCCAGUGGAACAUUCUUCCUAAUUUCUCAUGUAGAGCAGCUUUACCUACUAAGUCCUGUAGCCAACCUGUUGAUCAUUUUUCUGGCUGAACUGCAACAUCCCCCAGCUGUCUACCUUCUGGGUGUUGGGGUGGGAAUCUGGGGUCUGUCCCCCUUCUUUGGAUUUUCUGCUUUUCUCCCACUUCCCCCAGCACAGUGGAUGUAGGGCAAGGAUGUUAUGCUGGGAGUGAAGCAAAUGAUUGUGCAGUUACUGGGAAGAAAGGAUUUUGUUGUGAGUCGAUUUUUGCCUUCCCAGUACACUAUACACACAAGAAUCCUAACACAGGAGACUAUUACCUUUGGUAGCAUUACAUAACCAUAGAUUGAUCAUUACAUCCAUCCACACCAUUAUGAAAACCUAUAUUCAUCAAGCAUUGACAGUGCCCAAACCCUUAGGUUCCUGAGCACUUCCCAACAUUGCCCCAUAUACUCAGACCAAGAAAGCAGGUAUUAUUUUUAUCCCCAAUAUACAGAUGAACAGGCAGGUUGUGACAGGUAAUGUGGCAGGUGGCAGAGUGAGGAUUGACAUCUAGGUAAGCCAAUUCCAUUGCUUUAGUGCCUAAACCCUGGACUUUACAGCACUUGCAGCUUUGACUUCAGCUGGCCCUUCUGCCCUCACCACAGAAUUUAACUUGCCUGAAGCAAAAAAACUCAUUUUCAUGUGGUGAGCAAAUCACCUUGAGGAGUGCAGCCAUCUCCCAGCUCCCCGCCCCUGCUGAGUAGCUGCAUGUAGCCAUCUUCCAUCCUCAUCUCCAGUUGAGCUGGCUGGCAGAGACUGACUGCUCCUGCCAAGCCCCGCCCAAGAUGCAGAAUGGGCCAGGCUGACAGAGGAGCACCUCUUUCUUUCCAUAUCCAUAAGGCAGCUCACAAUCAGACAUGCCCAGACACAAGAGGGUCCUGACCUGACGAGGCCCAGAGAGAACGAUUCGUCUAACUACCCCUGGUCCUGGCUCGCGCCAGUCCUUCUAUGCUGUCCUCAAGCCCAGCUUCCUGCACAUCUCCCAACCCCGAUGGGGAGAACUCGAGUAAGAAAGUCCACUGGACUUCUGGGAGGAGGAGGACGUCAUCCACAGACUCAGAAUCAAAGUCCCACGCCGACCCCUCCAAAGUGUCCAGGUCCCGGAGACCCAGCCGGCUGACGGUGAAGUACGACCGGGGGCAGCUCCAGCGCUGGCUGGAGAUGGAGCAGUGGGUGGACGCGAAAGUUCAGGAGCUCUUCCAGGAUCAACCCACUCCUUCUGAGCCUGAGAUUGACCUGGAGGCUCUCUUGGAACUAUCCACAGAGGAACAGAAGACUCACUUGGAGGCUAUUCUCCGAAACUGCCCCCGCCCCACAGAGCCUUUUAUCUCUGAGCUGCUCAGUGAACUCAAGAAACUCCGGAGACUCAGUCGGCCUCAGAAAUAAGCCUUGUGAGACUACCUUCAGCAGCCUCAGCAUGCCAGGCUGUCCCUGAACCUUUGAAUCCUGGGCUGAUAGGACACAGGUGAUAGCUCCAUGGAACACAGACAAGGAACGUGGAAGAUGAGGAGAGACAUUUGGAUAUUCCUAGUGUAUCUGCAGUCAUAGCUGGGCUUUCUGGAAGCCAUUCAUGGCUGUUGCCUGGUACUCUCCUUGGCAGCCAAGUGGAUAAAACCUUUGGGAGUGUCAGCUGAA